UAAUGGCGCGUAGUGUGAUUUCAGGAAAAAGUGAUGUAGUAAUGGAGGGUGAUGAAAGCGAGGAUGAAAUUUUUGUAGGGCGGCUGCAGAAGAAGGAGCUUUUGAAACUCCGUGUUGCAGGGAAUAAAAUACCUACAGCGUGCAGAUAUCCAGUAGUUACUUCUGUCGAGACAUCAUAUUCAGGUUCAGAUGCAAUAAAUAACAAUGAACUGUCAGAAAAUAUUAGGUCAACAUCUACAGUGCAUCAAAAUGAAACAUUAUUACAUAAAUGUGACAUCAAAAUACAAAAACAGUCUUCAUGUGAAGAUAAAAGUCAAUGUACCACUACUGAGAACUUAAUAACAAAUUGCAACAUUACUGAAGGAUCUGUAGUGGUUGGAGGGCACCUUUCAUUACAAGCUGAAGUUGAUGCCACUGUAAAUAAGUGUGUGGAUGAAAAUAUUAAUACGAAUGUGGAAUGUGUGCUUUGUGAUUACAAGCUUACAUUAACAGAUAGAUCAGAGGGAACCAACCAAACUGACACAGUUACAUUUGAAAUUAUGAUUACAGAUGUAAACCCAACGAACUCUCUUCAUCCAGAUGUUCUUGAAAAUCUUCAGUUAUUAAGUGACACUGAAUUGUCGGAAGAGAUUACUUCAACAUCCUCAGUACAUCAAUCGAAAACCCAAUUGCGGGAGUUUGUUCCAGGAAAACUAGAACAAUCUUUGGAUGAGGAUAAUAGUCAAAAUUUGUUUUGUGAAAACUUGAUGAAGAACUGCAACGUUACUGAAAGAUGUGUAGUGGGCAGCAGGCAUGCUUCACUACAAACUAAAUAUGUUGACACUGAAAAUGGGAGUGAAAAUGGACAUAUGGGCACAAAUAUGACCUGUCUGAUGUCAGCAGACAGAUCAGAUGGAGACAAUCAAAUGUCUGCUGAUGUUCACUCAACAAACUCCUUUCUGCCAGAUGUUUCUGAAAGUUUUGAGUUGGUAAGUGACAUUGAAUUGUCAGGAGAGAUUACUCCAGCAUCUUCAUUACAACAAUCUGAAACCCAAAUGCAGGAAUUUGUGACAGGAAGACCAGGAAAAUCUUUAGAUGACAAUAAAAGUCAAGAUUCACAUUGUGAAUACUUGAUGAAGAACUGGAAUGUUACUGAAAGACUUGUAAUGGACAGCAGGCACACACCAUUACGAACUGGAACUCUUGACAUUGUAACUAAGAGGGUAAAUGGAGAUAUGGAUGCAAAUGAUGGUGGUAUUAUCUGUGAUGAGAAGUUAAUGUCAGCAGACACAUCAGAUGGAGACAACCAAACGUCUGUGGCUACGUUUGAGGAUAUGACUGUUGAUGUACAUUUGAGCAACUCUUUUCAGCCAGAUGACGUUGAAAAUGUUGAGUUAUUAAGAAACUCUGAGUUGUCGGAAGAGAUUACUUCAAAAUCCUCAGUGCAUCAAUCAAAAACCCAAUUGCAGAAGUUUGUUCCAGGAAGACUAGAACAAUCUUUGGAUGAGGAUAAUAGUCAAAAUUUGUUUUGUAAAAACUUGAUGGAGAACUGUAAUGUUACUGAAAGAUGUGUAGUGGGCAGCAGGUAUGCUUCAUUACAAACUGAAUAUGUUGACAGUGAAAAUGGGAGGGAAAGUGGACUUAUGGACACAAAUGUGAGUGGUGGCAUGCUGUGUGAUGAGAAACUGAUGUCAGCAGACAGAUCAGAUGGAGACAACCAAAUGUCUGCUGAUGUUCACUCAACAAACUCUCUUCAGCAAGAUGUUUCUGAAAGUGUUGAAUUAAUAAGUGACACUGAGUUGUCAGAAGAAAUUAUUUCACCCCCUUCAGUACAUCAAUCAAAAACCCAGUUGCAGGCAUUUGUCAUAGGAAGACUAGAACAAUCCUGGGAUGAGGAUAAUAGUAAAACUUCAUUUUCUGAAAACUUAACAAAGAAUUGCAACAUUACUGAAAGCUCUGUAAUGGGCAGCAGGCAUGCUUCAUUAGGAACUGUAAAUGUUUCCACUGAAACCAAGAGUGCAAAUGGAAGUAUGGAUACAAAUGUGGGUGGCACACUGUGUGAUGAGAAACUAAUCUCAACUGGCAGUUCAAAUGGAGAAAACAAAGUGUCUGUGGUUACAUCUGAGAGUGUGACUGUUGAUGUACAUUCAACCACCCUUCAGCCAGUUGUUUCUGAAAGGCAUGAAUUAAUAAACCACCAUGAGCAGUUGGCUGAAGCUUCAGUGCUGUGUGGCACACACAUUUCCUUACCAACUGGAAAUGCUGACAUUACUACUAAAAAAGCAGAUGAAAAUACUACCACAAAUGUGGUUGCUGUGCUCCAUCCUAAAGUGAUUAUAUCAGCAGACCAAUCAGGAAGAGCAGACCAAAUUACUGCUGUAAUAUCUGAGAAUUUAAAUUUACAGUCAUCUGCCUUCCCUCAUAUAAAGGCUUUUGAAAGUGAUUGUGAUGAUGCAAGUAUUGACCCAGAGUGUAUGUUUCGAUCAGAAGUGUCAGCUAUAGUACGGGAUAUUAAUAAUUUGGAGAAGUAUGAAACAUAUUCUUCACCUGCAUCUGAAACUUGUGUUUUGGACAGCAGGAUCUCUUCUGAUGUUUCAGGGGUGAUGUAUUGUUCAAAGGAAUACAGUUCCUCAACUGAUGAAGAUAUUUUUGAAAACACUUUUGAAAUGAUGGAAAAACUGUUGAAUGGUUUUGAAAUGAAGCCGGACUGUGCCUGUGAAGUGGAAGCAGGCAGUGGACAUGCAUAUGAAAUGGAGCCGGACCGUGUGGCGGGUGCACGCGAUGUGGAGCUGGACCGUGUGGCGGGUGCACGCGAUGCGGAGCCGAACCGUGUGGCGGGUGCACGCGAUGCGGAGCCGGACCGUGUGGCGGGUGCACGCGAUGCGGAGCCGGACCGUGUGGCGGGUGCACGCGAUGCGGAGCUGGACCGUGUGGCGGGUGCACGCGAUGCGGAGCCGGACCGUGUGGCGGGUGCACGCGAUGCGGAGCCGGACCGUGUGGCGGGUGCACGCGAUGCGGAGCCGGACCGUGUGGCGGGUGCACGCGAUGCGGAGCCGGACCGUGUGGCGGGUGCACGCGAUGCGGAGCCGGACCGUGUGGCGGGUGCACGCGAUGCGGAGCCGGACCGUGUGGCGGGUGCACGCGAUGCGGAGCCGGACCGUGUGGCGGGUGCACGCGAUGCGGAGCCGGACCGUGUGACGGGUGCACGCGAUGCAGAGCCCGACUGUGCACGACCCUGUGAACUGAAGAUGAACGCUGCUGAUAAUUUGGAGAAUGUAAAGUUUGAUGUUAAAUCCAUAAAAAGUGUUCAAAGAGAAUCACGAUGUGAAAGAUUCUUAAACAGAAGAGUCUCUGGGAAUAUUUUCUAUCAAGCAAGAUGUAGCAAAACACCAAAAAGAGAUGGAUCAACGCAGAAAAUGCCAAAAAAUAAGUUCUUACCACAGUCGGCUGGGUCAUUACGGAAAGGAAAACUACAGUCUGUGAAAAGUUGUGUUAAAGAGUAUCUGAACUCUACCCAACCUCCACUGUUUUCAAAUGUGAGAAAUAGAAAUGGUUAUGGAAUACAUCAGAAAGUAUUACGUUCCCCAAUGAGUGCGAAGAAGGUAUCACAAGAUUGCAGUACUCCCUGCAAGUCCAAGAAAAUAAUCCUUCCUCCAGUUACUUACACAAGUUCAUCAGCUGCUAAACUGGAUUUAAGUAAAUCAGCAUCAGCAAACCAUGUUGCAGAGAAAUGUAAAAGGAAAAUAGUUCCUCGAUCAAGCCCAACUGUCAUUAAACAUACAGGCCGUGCAGUUCUUCCUACGAAGCAAUGGAAACAAAAUGGCGAAUCGGAAGGAGAGGUUUCAGUUUUGCUUGCUUCGGAAGCCGUUCGUUCAAAUACAUUGAAAAGCACAAGGAAGAAGAAAUGAAGAUCAUAUUUUACAGAUAUUAAAAAUAGAUUUCCUGUGUGUGUGUGUGUGUGUGUGUGUGUGUGUGUGUGUGUGUGUGUGUGUGUGUGUGCGCUUUAAGAAGAAUUUUGUCAUAUUUUUGUUUUUUAUUUAUUUAUUUUUUUUCAUUCUUGAUUUUUGUCUUAUUUCAUUGCUUUUUGGUGUUAAUACUGGAAAAAUAUAUAUCACUAUCAUUUACAUUUUAGUUA